AGAAGGGUGAAGAGGCCCGGGUGACGUUUUUUUUCCUUCUGCUCUUCCCGCCUUCGCCGUUGCUGUCGAUGGAUGGUGAAAUCUCCGCGGUUGUGAGGCUUUCAUUCUGGGAAUUCCGCCGUUAGCAGGUGGAUUUCUCAAGGGGGGGCCUCCAUCCAUGCAGGCUCCGGUGAGACCGGCCGUUUACGGCCGCCCGUCCUUCCAUUUGUGCUCCUCUCCUCCCCCGCGCAUAAUUCAGAGGAAAUUCAUGAAGCAGUGUAUCUACACAGUUAAGGCCUCAUCUGGCAGUGAUUAUUUUGAGGUAAAGGAUCUAUCUUAUCGACCUCCUGGGACUGAACAAAACAUCUUGAGCGGAAUCAGUUUUUCUCUACCCGAGAAGAGCUUAGGAUUGAUAUAUGGACGGAGUGGUAGCGGUAAAACUACCCUAUUGCAGAUUCUUGCUGGAUUGUCAAAGCCCACAUCAGGUUCUGUUUGCAAAAGGACAUUUAGUAAUGGAGAACUAAGUCAAGUUCCUGUUGAACUCUCAUCUGAAAAAGUAGGCAUUGUUUUUCAAUUCCCGGAGAGGUACUUUCUAACUGAUAAGGUUCUCGAGGAAAUGCUGUUUGGUUGGCCGCGGCAUAGCAGUGAUCUGUCAUCAAGAGAACAGCUGGCAUUGAGGCUUCAAGCUGUUAUUCAUGCGGUUGGUUUAAGUGGGAUAGCACUGGAUGAAGAUCCUCUGUCACUUAGUGGUGGUUACAAACGCCGUCUUGCCUUGGCUGUUCAAUUAAUUCGUAUGCCAGACCUAUUACUUUUGGAUGAGCCUCUUGCUGGCCUUGAUUGGCAGGCACGAGCUGAUGUUGUGAAGUUGCUGAAGAAUCUGAAGAAAGAGCUAACUAUACUUGUUGUGAGCCAUGAUCUGAAAGAAUUAGCACCUGUGGUGGAUAAGUCAUGGAAAAUGGAAAUGGGAGGAAUCAUAAAAGAAGCGCCACUGCCGAAUUAAUCCUCUUGUUCUUGUCUGCAGUGGCCUAAGAAAUUUUUUGUCAGAAUCUAGUCUAUUUUAUCACAGUUACCGCUGAUAUUAAGUUGAUAUAUUUUUGUCAUUAAUUUCCGGUUUGCGUCAAGUUGCGAAACUUUUGUGGCAUCGGCAGGUGUUCUCCUUGGAGCUUGAAGAGGUUGUAGACUUGCUUAAUGGAUAAUGCCAACAUGUCUUAACAAAUCAGCUGAAGCCUGUGUCAGGCCUGAUCCCUAGAGCUCACAAGCUAAAACCUGGUUGAGUUGCCGAGCUCGUGAGCUAGUUCAGAGAUUAGUGACGUCACUGCAUUAGCAUGUAUUGUGUUUACUUAUUCCUUUAGUUACCAACUAUUUUUUCACUUAAACAUUGAGAAAUCUUAGUGAACAGUUUUUACUUAAA